CACUCGGACUUUUUCGCAAUGGUUUCUUCCCCAUCAGGACAACUCGACCAUCCGUGGGUUUACAUCACCUGCCCACGACGUUGACAUGAGCAAGAUCCUGGAGCUGGAGGAGCUCGAUGUCAAUCUCUACCGUAGCAAAUACCUGCGCAAGCCAGUGCACGCGCGCGGUGUGUUCGGUGGCCAUGUCGUUGGCCAGGCGCUCGUCUCCGCUACAAAAACCGUCUCGCCAGAGUACAAGGUGCACUCGCUGCACUCGCAUUUCCUCCUAGCCGGCGACAACACCGUGCCCAUCAUCUACGAGGUUCAGCUGCUGGCCAAGCAGCACGGCAGGGGUAUUUUUACUUGCACAAUUUCGUUCCAGCGGCCUGAAAAGUCACAGCUGGUGCACCAGUACGUUAUGCCGGAUGUGCCGCAGCCCGAGAGCAUCCCGUCGUGGGGAGAGGUGUACAGCAAGGCCAAGGACAUGCAGGAUCUGCCUGAUCGCUUCCGCGAGUAUCUGGCGCUGCGCUACGAAGAGCCGCUGCUGAUUGACGUCCGCCGCGUGUCCAACAUGGACCCGAAGGACAUGGUUGAGCCGAAGGCGCUGCCGCCGCGCCAGCUCAUGUGGAUGCGCGCCACCGAACGGCUCAACGGCGACCCGUCGAUCCACCACUGCGUGCUGGCGUACUGCACCGACCACGAAUUCCUCGAUACCUCGGUGUUGCCGCAUGCUGUCAGCGCCUACAGCCCGGACCGCCAGCUCAACAUGAUUGUCAGCCUGGACCACACUAUUUGGUUCCACGCUGACUUCAGAGCCGACGACUGGCUGCUGUAUGAGAUGGAGAGCCCGUAUGCCGGCGGCGGCCGCGGCCUGUCGUUUGGCAGGGUGUAUACAAGGGACGGUCUGCUGGUAGCCUCGAUUGCCCAGGAGGGCGUGAUCCGCGCAAACAUCAGCGGGCCAUCGGACGAAAAGCUCUUUGUCAGUGCGCCGAUCACGGAGUACACACCAGCCGUAAUUCCCGACAGGCGACGUGCUGCAAAGCUCUAAGACAUGUAAAGUGAUUUUUCAACGGUUCAUUAUGAAAGAGUUCACUGA